AUGACAGAAACCGUGAAAUUUGAGAUGACUCCAUUAAAUACGAACAAACCCGAACCUUCUACAUCGAAAACACUCAGAAGCAGAAAAGUUGUUGAUUUAGUUUUCUAAAAUAUUACCUAUGAAAUAAGUGAAUUAUUGAAGUAUAUUAUUAGAGAAACGAAUAAUUCUGGACAAUAUCAGUGGAAUCUGUCCUGGUGGACAUGUCACAGCAAUUAUGGGAAGUUCUGGUGCAGGUAAAACAACAUUACUGAAUGUUUUGGCUUGUCGAAUUACUAAUUCCAAAACCAACAAAUUGACUGGGAAAUUGUUGGCCAAUAGUUGUCCAUAUGACUACGAUAAGUUUUCUUAGUUUGCAUCCUACGUGAUGUAGAAUGAUGUUUUAAUGGAAACUAUGACUCCUAAAGAAGCACUUGAAUUUGCUGCCAACCUAAAAUAUAGUGAUGCAGAAAUAAAGUAAUCUAGAGUAAUUGACACUCUUAAAUGUAUGAGACUUGAGAGAUGCUAGAAUACAUUCAUUGGAGGAAUUAAUAUGAAAGGUAUUUCAGGAGGAGAGAGAAAAAGAACUUCAAUUGGAUAUGAAUUAGUCUCUAAUCCUAGUUGCAUUUUACUGGAUGAACCAACUUCUGGAUUAGACUCAUUUACAGCAUUUUAAAUUAUGUAAUUAUAAAUUUUGAUUAAUUUAUAGCCAUCAAUUAAGAAAAUUAUCAGAGGAAUAAGACAGAACUAUCAUCUUUACCAUACAUUAACCAAGUUCAGACAUAUUCUUACUUUUUGACAGGAUUAUGCUUUUGGUUCAAGGGAGAUUAGCAUAUUAAGGAUCCAGAGAAAAUAUUAUCAAUCAUUUCAGCAGUUUUGGGUUUAAGUGUCCUGAUCAUUCUAAUCCAAUGGAUUAUUUCUUAUCUAUAACUCAUUCUGAAGAUAAGCAGAAUAUCGAGAAUUACAGUUUGUAUUUUCAGGAAUACGAAUAGAAAUUACAAAAAUAAAUAGACUCUGAAAUCUAGAAUUGUUGCAAUUCAGAUGUGCCAUUAAAAAUUAAUGAAACUUCAUUUACAUAUUAAAUAGGUGAAAUAUCUUCAAGAGGAGUCAAGAACAUUAUGAGAGAUCAUAUGCAAUUUAAAGCAAAGGUCAUAUAGGCAAUCUUUUUGGGUUUAUUGAAAGGAGGUGUGUUUUGGGGAGCUGGUCGUAACAAUGGGAAAUUGGAAUAAUUAUUAUCAAUAUCUGGAGGUAUAUGUGGUUAAAUAUUUCAUCCUUAGCCUUGUUUUUCAUCUGUGUGGAUUUUACAAUGAAUGCCAUCAUGUCAUGUAUUCUAAGCUUUUCAGUCGAGAGAGAAGUCUUUUUGAGGGAGGAGAAUUCAAAACUAUACACUACUAAAUCAUAUUUUUUAGCUAAAUAACUUAUUGAAAUUCCAUUUUGUGUUAUUUCACCAUUGAUCUAAUAAAUAAUAGCAUAUUGGAUGAUAGGAUUAAAUUAUGACUCUGGUGAAAUAGUAUUGAUACAUCUCUUGAUCUCAGUUUUAGUAUUUGUUUGUUCCAAUUCAAUGGGUAUAUUGAUAGUUAAUAUAUUUUUAAGGGUUGAUGGCUGGAGCUGCAUUCAAAGACAUUUAAAUGGCAUUAAACAUUGUACCAGCAAUAGUGACUCCGUUGAUCAUCUUUUCAGGGUUCUAUUCAAACUAGAAGUCUUUUUAUCCUUGGAUCGGAUGGUUGCAAUACUUGAGUCCAAUGAAAUAUGGGUUUGAAGCCAUGUCUUAUAAUGAAUAUUAAGACAAGCAUUAUGAUAUUGAUCCAGAGGAACUCUAUGGUUUUAAUAUAGGAUUGUGGUGGUGUGCACUAAUUCUUUUUGGAUACAUUGUUGUGUAUAGAUUUCUAGCAUUUCUAUUUUUAUAUGGAUUAAAAUAAAAACUUUAAUGA